AUGACAUUCCAACCAAAGGGACAGUCACGCGAUUGGGCGCGAUCAGUUCUCGCCGCAAACUACGACAAACUCUUUGAGCAAUACCAUCGCCAGGAUGAGACGUGCGCUGCAGAGAAGUCCAAGCUCCGAGACAACAUCAGCGAAUUAGAGAAGAAGCUCGAAAAUCACAGCGAUGCUUGCGAUGCCGGAAAAUAUGGCGAACUCUUGCGGCAAUUCCAACACGAGCAUGAGAUAUGCGCUGGCGUGAAAAUCAAGCUCCGAGAGACCAUUAGCGAACUAGAACAGAAGCUUCAGAAGCAGAGCGACGCUUGCAAUGCCGAAAAGGCUCGUUUACAGAAUGAGAUUUGUACUGAGGAGAAGUCCAAGCUCCAACACAACAUCAGCGAACUAGAGCAGAAUCUCCAGGAGCAGAACGAUGCUUGUGAUGCCGAAAAGACUCGUCUCCAGAAAGACCUCACGAAUUUGCAGGAGGAAAAAGACGAGGAGCUUCAAAGAGCAAAUGCAAUGAUUGCGGGAUUGGAGCACGACAAUCUAGUCCUUCAACGUGGCGACAGAACAAAUUCCGGCGAUGACGACUUUGUCGAGCUUCAGCGUCUCAGUGCUGAGAAUUACAACUUGCGCUGUGAAAUCGAGGAUUUCGAGGCCCGAUUAGCUUCCAUGCAGGACGACAACCAAAGGGCGAUGGAGAAGACUAAGCCUCAUCGCCCAUCCAAUGAUCCAGACUAUCAUUGCGAAUGCUGCGGUAGACGAAGAACUAGCCAUGGAGACACGCCCGUGUGCAUAAGUGUGACGGAUCACUGGCAUCCUUCAGCCGUAGACAUGACUGUAUCGACGCAGGAUAUGCGUGCUCGCCUGCGAGAGAUGCAGGAAAAGUGCAACGAGAAACACGAGGAGUUGGAGCAAUGUGAAGAGCAGCGAAAAAAUGCUGUUAGAGGGGCAUUUCAUUAUGCCGCUGAGCGCAGAAAAGCAGAAAAAGAAUUAGAGGAGGCCCAGAGUGGAUCCUGUACGCAGAAGUGUGAAAUGCUGGAAGAGAUUUGCGCGGAUCUCCGAAGGAGGCUGCGUGCUCUUUAUGAGGCUAUCGAUACGAACGGCGAAGCGGUAAGGCAGGCGGCGGAGGAUGCCUUGGACGGCAUAGAUCGAGCACGCAGAGGAUGA